AUGAACUUUAAUCAUGCUCUGGAGACUCAAAGAAGUAAUAGUGCAAAGCUUGAAUACUAUGAUUCAACAAAAGUGCCUAUUUUGCGAACAGGAUUGGAAAUCGAGAAACAUGCAUCGACGAUAUAUAGUGGUAGUGCUUUUAAUGAAAUUCAAGAAGAGAUAGUAUAUGCAUGUUUCUCUUUGUCUUGUGCAACUCUAGGAGUGUCUACCAGUAGAGAUAUUGAAGUAUAUGACAUAAAGGACAAGGAUUCAAACUCAUGGACAGUGACUUACUCCAUUGGUGAUGACACAUAUUUGUGUGGAUGCAAAAAAUUUGAAAGACUUGGUCUAUUGUGCAGCCAUAUAUUUUGUGUGUUGAAAUAUAAUUUUGUUAAGCUGAUACCCGAGAAGUUGUGUGGAGGAAGAUGGUUGAAGUCACAGUUUGUGAAGUCAAUACAUGGAGGUUUUUGUGAUGAUCAAGAAGUACACCUUGCUGUGGACAAGAAGAAGAUUGCAUAUAAAAACUUGUAUGCAUUAUUCAUUGAAACAACACAAAGCAUUGAAGGGAACAUUGAUAAAAUCAAUGCAUUCGCUGCAAUUAUUGAAGAAGGUAAGAAGCAGCUUCUUGGAGAAGGUGUUGUUUUGUCUUCCACACAGAAGAGCGCAAUGAUUGAGAACUUCUAUGGCUCACAUGUUCCGACCAAUAUUGAAGUUCAUCCUCCUGAUGUUGUUAGUACAAAGGGAAGUGGAAGUAGGCAUAAAUCGAAGAGGGAGUCAGCACUGAAGUUAGCAAUGAAACCAGGCCGAAAGUGUGGAAACUGUCAUGAGAUUGGACUCCAUGAUUCUAGGAACUGCAAAAAGGUUCAUGAGAAGGGAAACCAGAGGCAAUGA